ACUUGCGUCAUAGAAGACCUGCAGAGGCUCGGGUGGAAACUACAAACAAGUGGGAGUAAAUCUGUUGAUCACACAAUGUUUGUGGCUCACAGCAUUGCGGCGGAUCAUAAAGAUCUAAUCCAUGAUGUCUCUUAUGAUUUUCAUGGUCGUAGAAUUGCAACAUGCUCAAGCGACCAAAGUGUAAAGGUGUGGGACAAGAGUGAAACUGGUGAAUGGCAUUGCACUGCCAGCUGGAAGACACACAGUGGGUCAGUGUGGCGUGUAACAUGGGCACACCCAGAGUUUGGGCAGGUGCUGGCAUCCUGCUCUUUCGACCGGACAGCAGCUGUUUGGGAGGAAAUCGUCGGGGAGUCCAAUGACAAACAGCGUGGACAGAGCCACUGGAUAAAGAGGACCACACUGGUGGACAGCCGGACCUCUGUGACAGACGUGAAGUUUGCUCCCAAACACAUGGGUCUGAUGUUGACCACGUGUUCUGCGGAUGGGGUGGUGAGGAUCUACGAGGCCCCAGACGUGAUGAACCUCAGUCAGUGGUCACUGCAGCAUGAGCUCUCCUGCAAACUUAGCUGCUCCUGCAUCUCCUGGAAUCCCUCGAGCUCCCGGGUUCACCCUCCAAUGAUAGCAGUGGGCAGCGAUGACAGUAAUGUGACGUAUGGAGGCAAGGUUCAAAUCUAUGAGUACAACGAAAACACAAGAAAAUACGCCAAAGUGGAGACGCUGUCUACGGUCACAGACGCUGUUCACGACGUUGCCUUUGCUCCAAACCUGGGGCGGUCCUUCCACGUGCUCGCCGUUGCCACCAAAGAUGUGCGGAUCUUCAAGCUGGUUCCACUGCGGAAGGACAGCAGUUCUACAGGACCUUCGAAGUUUGAGGUGCAGCUCAUGGCCCAGUUUGACAGCCAUAACUCACAGGUCUGGCGUGUGAGCUGGAACAUCACCAGUACUCUUCUGGCGUCCUCUGGAGAUGAUGGUUGUGUGCGUCUGUGGAAAGCGAACUACAUGGAUAACUGGAAGUGCACGGGCAUCCUGAAGGGGGACGGCAGUCCGGUGAACGGGUCGUCGGGUCAGUCCAGUACUCUCAGUGCGGCUCUUGGUUCGGGCACCUCUCAGGGCACUCUGAACGCGGUAGGCGGCAGGAAUAGCAAGAGAACACCCUUUACCCCACCUCUGCGACGAUUCACCUCUCCAAAGAUAUACCACCAGCCUGCCUACUACUAACUUGAAAAAGCCAGCUCUGUGUGUGUGUGUGUGUGUGUACCCUGGCUGCUGUUUUUCGGGGGUGGUAAUUGGUCAUGGAUGAAUGUUUUCUUGUUUGAUGAAUCAUAUGUUGGUAUCAGGUUGGUAUCAGUGUCCGUCCGUGUUUUUGGUCCAUGUCUUGC